GCAUGGGGAAUCUGCCAUUUUAGAAACACCUUGGAAUUAACCUGUCAUGAAAACAGAUUUUACCUUGCCUUGGAACUGACAAUAAAAGAAACAACGGCUCAAGAACAUUACGUUCAAGGGCGUCUUUCAGUUUUAAUUGUAUAAAAAUUGUUUAACCAUGUCUGAGUUCGAUGCCAAUCCAUUCGCUGAUCCAAAUCAAGCGAACCCAUUUGCGGAUCCUUCAGUUAGACAAGCUGCAGGAAAUCGUGGUCAACAAGCUGGAGGUUUAGAUGACUACAAUCCAUUUGCAGAAAACAACAAGACACGGCCAGCGUCUGGGUCGACUGCUUCUAAUGCACCACUUGUACCACCCCCGCAGCCAGCCCCACCCUCUCAGCCUGCGAUCAUGAAGCCAUCUGAGGAUCCCCCACCUCCCUACGCUCAAUCUGCCGCUCAGAAAAUAGACACGUCUGAUCUGCAAAGACGGCAAGAGGAGUUGGAGAAAAAAGCUGCAGAGCUUCAGAAGAAGGAACAAGAAAUGAAAAGUGCACAGUUCAGAGAGAGACAGAACAACUGGCCUCCACUUCCAUCCUGGUUUCCCGUCGGGCCGUGCUUCUAUCAAGAUUUCAGUGUAGAUAUUCCCUUAGACUUUCAACGCGUUGUCAAAUUUAUAUACUACAUGUGGUGGUUUCAUGUGUUUGUUUUGUUUCUCAACAUUCUGGCAAGUCUUGCCUACUUCAUUGUGGACUCGGGAGAUGGCGGCACUGUGUUUGGCUUAUCUAUCCUCUGGUUUAUUCUCUUCACCCCAUGCUCCUUUCUAUGCUGGUACAGACCACUGUACAAGGCAUUUCGGAGUGACAGUUCCUUCAAUUUCUUUCUCUUUUUCUUUGUAUUUUUUUUCCAAUUCUGUGUGUACAUUAUCCAGUGUUUGGGAAUCACCAGCUUCACAGUAGGCUGGAUAAAUGGGAUUAAAGUCGCUACCAACAGUAGUGUAGGUGCCGGAGCAGUGAUGCUUUUUGUCGCAUUCUUUUUGUCCUUAGAGGCUGCAGCAACAAUCUUUAUGUUAAUUAAGGUACACCGGAUCUACCGCAGUACUGGUGCUAGCUUCCAGAAAGCCCAGGCUGAGUUUGCCCAGGGUGUGAUGCGGAACGAGACAGUACAGAACGUCGCAUCUGAUGCAGCCGCAGGAGCAGCACGGGGGGCCGUCUCACAUUAUGGAACAGGAGGAGAAAACCGGUACUGAGAACGUGGAGAUAACACAGGAAAUCACCAUCACUGGGGUGCAAGAGGCACACAAGGGUAUUGCUUGUGAACAUGUGACAAGAGAUCCACUAUUGGCAACAAGCUAACAUGUCUUCGUCAUGUGAUUAUAAAUUAUUAUUUUUUUUUUUUUUAAUGAGCAGGUGGAGUAUGCUCAAAUGAUGAUUUACAGUUCAGUUUUGCCUCUAAAAAAGUUGAGCAUGUGUAGUUAUAGUAUGAUCCAAUAACUAAAGAUAAUAAAACAAGAUUGAGGAAUCAGAUGGGGAAAACAUCAUUUUUGAAAUCAUAUGCUGACCAUCACUUGUGGCUCACUGAAUUGUUACUCAGUGUUAGGUCACUUUUAAUUGCCACCUGUGUUUAUAGGUAUAAAUUAUUACAUUUUAGCUCGUAGAAAUGGGGAUUAGUGAUGCUUAUUAUGGUACAUACACAUUUGUUAGUAGUAUACUUAUACUGUACUUUGUGUGUUUUUGUUCUAAAAAAAAGAAAGAAAGAAAGAAAACUAUGUGGACAUAGUCGUUACUGGUGUAUACCAUGAGUGAAAGAUGAUGGUUGUUGUGAACAUUUAAUAUCACCAAAAGUUUAAUUUCACUGAAACACAUGCUUGAGUAGGUUAGAUAUUCUAUGUGCACAUCAUUCUAGUUUAAUCCAAUUGUUUAAUGUAUUAUUUAUAUUUAUAUAUUGUUAAAAACACAGACAAAGAGGUCAAUUUUGUCUUUGGACCUUUGGGAUUCUCCAGUGGUGUAUUAUGUUUUAUCGUUGCUUUAGUAAAACUAAUGUAAUCGCAGCAUUACAUUCACCAGCUUUUAUUCACCUGGGGCUUAAUUCACUAAACUCAUGCAACUUUGCGAUCUCGCAGUGUAAUGCUAAAAGACUUGCAGAGGAUGCUUUGUUGUCUAGCAGAGCCAAAGAGAUGUUUGUGAAUUAGGCCGCAGACAUUUAUAAGUAUGUGCUACUUAAAGUGUCAUUCCUCCUCGUGUGAUAAGACUUAAUAGAACUGCUCAAAAUUGAUGGUAUCAAUCUAUUCCAUAAGGGUAGAUACAGGAUAUUUCUAAGGAUGGGUGUGACUUUAAAAAGGUCAUUUACAGUAUGCCAACAUGCAUUUUACAUGUAUAUCUAACGGUGUUCUCCAGCAACACCUAACCGAUCAAGAUAUAUCUGUGCACUAAAUAUUGAUUAAUAAAUCAUCAACUAUUGGAUGUCAUGCUACAUUUGUCCAUUAGUAGCAAGGGAUCUUAUAUAAGCACCAUCCCACAUACUUAUUAAACUUUGGCUUUUGUAGUCACAAAAGAGAAAAACAGACAAUGUAUUUGUAUGUUUUAGGGUGAUUGUUUUUGUUGUUUAGUGAAGAACUAAAGAGUGUGAAUCGUAAUACAAAAUAAAUUCAUUAUGUGAAUUUUUAUUUUAAAAAUAUUUUUUAAUGUUCAGUAAAAUGUUAGAAGUAAACAGUUAUGCUAGUCCAUUCUAUUGAAAUGUCUGAUUAAAAAACUUUAAAAAUAAAAAAUGCGCUUUUCAGUAAUAAGCAAUCCUAAGUUUAGUGGUUGCAUAUAUGCUGCUGGAUAAUCUGAAAUAAAUGCUAUUCAAUAGUGCAUUUUUCACACACCAACUGACACAUUUUCAGCAUUAUCUCCUCAGAACAGUACACUGGUAAAACAUACUCCUCACUACCCUUGAUCCUUCAAAAGAAAGCCGGACCACCUUCUGCACCUAGGUUUUCUCAUGGGCCCUAGCUGGUAAUUUUGACUGGCUUGUGCCCAAGUAUAUUCAUUGAAUGUUGCAUAAAACCCAGGUUAGCAACAAGUAGUAAUGCCUUAAAGAAUAGGCUGGCUUUGGGUGCGCAGAAGGUUUUGGCAAAUCAUCCAUUAAACUUCAAAAAUUGUUGCAGGCACACAUUCAUGAUUUUAGCCAAUUUUCAUCCUGUCACAUUCAUUAAACAUUAAGUCCAAACCAUUCUAGUGUUUUGUAAUACACAUACCACAGAGUGCUUGUGUCACUUGAAGGCAGGGCAGUUGACUUACUUGGGGGAGCGGGGUGUUGACCGUUAGGUGAUGAUGGUUGUGAAGGUCAGGUCAGGUCAGGUCAUGGGGCAUUCAGAACAAACUGUUGUAGCUCGCCUGUCAUGGGUGCAAGUUUGUGCGUGAGCAAACCCUUGCGUCCAAGACAGGAAUGGUUGCGAAACAUCUAGUUUCAUUAUAAACACUGAAAUCCUGUCAGAAAUAAUACCACUGUUUUUAAAUUAAUUUUUGUUUUUGUUACAAUUUGUAUAUUUAUUAGGUGAUGGAUAUUUCUGGGUUUAUUCACAGUGGCUUUCAUCAUAAACUGUAUGAACUUCCUACUGUGUACAAGUUUGUUGAGAUUUAUCUAGUCUGUUUAACUUUUGGUAUAUGGUCCCUUGUUGGGUUUUUUAAAUACACCAUUACUUGUAGUAUACAAACAUUGUGCUUGGUUGUAUCUAGAAAAGGGGUGUGUGUGUGUUUCUGUUGGGGGUAUCAUAUUCAAAACAUUUUGAUUAAUUAUUUAUGCUUUCUGCAUUGAACUCCACAGGUGGUUUUAAAAUGUUGACACACAUUUCUGGUUUUGAUCUUCAUUCUUAUAGAAUUAUUGUUUAUAAAUGCAUGUAUUAUUUUGUCGUCAUUAUAUACGCAAUGUAUAGAUAGAUAUUUAUGGUGUAUAAAUGGAUAUAAUAUAUGAUCACAUUGCUUAUAGAAAACAACUACAGUGACCGUUAUUCCUUUUAUCCUAUAAUAUUGCCUUAGAGUAACUAAAUAAUAAAAGUAUUUUUACUAAAAUUAUUAAGCUUUAGUAUGAAUAUCAUGUCGGUACAUGGUUUGAAAAGGACUAUUUGGGAUCCCAUAGAAAUCCAUACAAUUUAUACAUAGAGGAUUUGGAAGUACAUAUAUAGCAGUGUGUCACUUUAAGAAAUAAUGCAAAUGAGAGAAAACUGAACAUAGAGGAUUUGGAAGUACAUAUAUAGCAGUGUGUCACUUUAAGAAAUAAUGCAAAUGAGAGAAAACUGAACAUAGAGGAUUUGGAAGUACAUAUAUAGCAGUGUGUCACUUUUAGAAAUAAUGCAAAUGAGAGAAAACUGAACAUAGAGGAAGAUAUAUAGCAGUGUGCCACUUUAAGAAAUAAUGCAAAUGAGAGAAAACUGAACAUAUAGGAUUUGGAAGUACAUAUAUAGCAGUGUGUUACUUUUAGAAAUAAUGCAAAUGAGAGAAAACUGAACAUAGAGGAUUUGGAAGUACAUAUAUAGCAGUGUGUCACUUUUAGAAAUAAUGCAAAUGAGAGAAAACUGAACAUAGAGGAUUUGGAAGUACAUAUAUAGCAGUGUGUCACUUUCAGAAAUAAUGCAAAUGGGAGAAAACUGAACAUAGAGGAUUUGGAAGUACAUAUAUAUAUAUAGCAGUGUGUCACUUUUAGAAAUAAUGCAAAUGAGAGAAAUGUACAAUCAUAACAUUUUAUUAAUGUUAAUAAGUACAAAUUUAAACUCAUAAAAAUUAAUUCCAACAAGAAUGUUCAUUUAAUCAUUAAUGAGCAUGAUUGUAAAUAAUAUUAGUUUUAAAUUCUCUAGCAGGUUUGUUUGGUUAAUUUUUGUUAAUCAUUUGCUUAUGGAAGGAUGAUUUUAAAAUGGAAUUAUUAAUUGGGCAUAUUAAUGUAAAUUUUUAGUUAUAUUCCUAGUAAGUUCAGGGUUUCAACUGUUCUUUAGGUGAAUACUGUAGUACUGUGGUUCUCUUGGCUAAUAAAAUACAUAUAGCUGACAUCUAGCGAGACCAAAAUUUCAGAUAUGCAGGCACGGUUCGCGGAUCUGGGGACAGGGUCUGGCAACAUGUAUUAUGUAAAUCAAGACCAUACUGAGUCUUAACGUAAGUGGAUGGCAGUACAAAAGGCUAGGGCACAGGAAUUGUACACGGUCCUCUUUGGGUACACAAAAAACUCACUUUUCCUUAUUUUUCUUGGGGUUUCAACUGUCCUAUUGCACCCUUUCCACAACUAGAUGUGGUUAUGUAAAGUAAAAAAAAUUUUUUUAAUUUGGUCAUUGCCCUGAAAAAUUCAUCCAUUUCGCUGGGUGUAUGAAGAGCUACUGCCCUCAUGCAUUCCCAUCACAUAUGCCUAUACCCAAGGAAAAACUGUUAACGUAAAUUUAAAAAAAAAAAAAAAAAUGCAUGCCAUGCUUUCACGCAAGUGUCAUAUUAACAUCUUGAUGUACUGGAAUGCAUAUACACAAGCAGUAAAAUAAUCGGUAUGCUUAUGAACAUUUACAUCAGACUGCUGAACAUUCAAAAUAAAAGCUGUUGUCCACUUUUCAUCCAACAUUGUUAAAAUUGCUAUAAACCAGGAACUAGCAAAUAAGCUUCGUGUGUGUCAUUUAUUAGAAAUACAUGUAGACAUGUAGUAAGCAAACAUUUUGAUUACUAUCAAGUGUGUGUUUGUUUUGAUGAUUAACAAUACCUGUCUCAUUACAAUUGAUAGGAUGGACCACUGAUAAUAUACUUUUUAUGUUGUUCAUCUGUUCUUAUUGUGUAGCCUAUCCAUGCAGAACUGGUGAUGACAUUCAAGAUUCCAUUGAUAGUGAAAUUAUGUUCGGUUUAUGCAGUGCUUCUUGUUGUUGUUGUUGUUGUUACUGUAGUGUGGGGAGGUACUACAUGUACAGGUUAUUAAUCGGGUACCUGGCUAUUGUUGAAUGACUGCAAACCAGUAGCAAUCAUGUCAUUGUAUUUUGUAAGUUUGUGUUGCUGACACAGAGUAGUAAAUAAAUGUUUUAUUUGGUCAGUUCCUUGUGGUGUUGUGCAUUAUUAAACAAUUUAGAAUAAUAUAAUACAUUGUUAUUUACCAGUUCCUGUAAUCCUGUUUGUUUGGGGUGGGGGUUUACGGGUUGGUUUUUCUUUUUCUUUUUUUUCUUCUUUUUUUAAAUUCUGGUAUGUAAUACAUUUACAUUAUAUUAUAUGUAUGUGACAUGGGAUUUCAUUUACACUACUCUGAUAUUAUUUUGGGGUAUAAGCCCCUCUCUCUCUCUCCCCCCCCCCCCCCCCCCCACAUGUUCUCUAAAUAGAGAAUUGUACUGGAUACAGUGAAGAUAGGUUUUGACCCAAUGAUGUAGACAAAUCUCAGGACAGUGAAAGGUAAUGCUGGAGAAAUUAAAAGAUUUCUUUCUUCGAUUUAAAAAAAAUAAAAAAUUCUGUUGAAUUAUUUUAAAACCCCUAUCUCGCCUCCUUAUUGUUUACUAAUGCAAAAUAAAACGGCAAUUACAGCGUUAAAUUUGAAUAAACAUGUAUUUUUGUUAUUAGUGAACAUUAAAAUCUGCUUUAGUACAUUUUAAUUGUAUUGUGGCAAUUUAUUUCUUUUUAAAUUGUUUUUUUUAAAUGUUAAAUACUACUAAGUUCAUGAGGUGUAAUUUGCCUUUAGGAUGUGAAUGUAAAAAAAACCUACCCAAAAAACCAACAAGACAUUGGCACUGAACUUGAGAUCAUGUACAGUUGUAAAUGAGUCGAGAAGAAUGGGAAAAUAAUAAAUUAUCUAUUAUUCUGAAUCUUAAAAUAUGUACUUGAGAUUGUUAUUGUUAUAUUUGUUGCAACAGGUCCUCGAGGUAUCUAUUUAUUUGGCUUUGUACUCAAUAAAUCUCACAUUAUGUGGGGUUUUUUUCCCUUUGAAGUUUGAUUUUAAUGAUAAAACAAAUAGUAGAAAGCUUUUAAUAUAAAACAUUGGUGGAAAAAACAUUUUAAAAUUAAUCUUUCAUUCUUGAACUAAAAAAAAAUGACAAUUUGUUUUUUUCUAUUUACAAAAAAAUGGAUCUGGAAUGAAAUUAUGCAAAUUUAAAAGUAUCCGAUACUAAUUGUGUUGCGAUAUAUUCUGUACAAAGCCAAAGUGGUACGACAUGUUGCAGAUGGUGACCACAACUCAAAUAUUUACAGCUAAGAUGAAUUGGUUUCCGAUUAUAUAGUUAAUAUAGUUAGAGCACUUGUUCUGUAUUUAUUAGAACCCACCUCAUCCUAUUCUCGUCUUUGUGUGAAUGAUACAAAACCUGCUUGUGCAGAAUUUAUCAGUUUGAAACAUGCAUGCAUCUAUAUUUCUCCUAUUUCUUGUAAGUUGUAUACAUUCUUGAAAGCUAAUGAAUAUUCGUCAAGUCGUUUCACAUGUAAAGUAUGUCAUGAAUAAACUGAAUAUGUACAAGU